GGCCUGUAUGCUUGAUGCCCGGUUCAAGCAUCUUCAGUUCAUCCCAGAGAGUAAAAGAGAGGCCGCCCAGAGCCACCUGAAUGCCCUGCUGGAGGAGGAGGCAGAGCCGCUUGCAGCAACAGGUGAGGGACCAGAUGUGCAAAGUGAAGACGUGGAUGAUGGUGAGGGAGAACCAGUAAAGGGGAAAAAAGCCAGGCUCGAGCAGGAUUUUGAACAACUUUUUGGCCCGCACUAUCAAAGUGGAAGGAGAGCGGGGAAUUAUUCCACCGCAGACGAAGAGGUCCGUGAUUAUUUGCAAACACCGCAAAUUCCCACCAUGCAGAACCCGCUGCAGUGGUGGGCUCAGAACGUGGACAGAUUCCCCCGUUUGGCCAAGCUGUGCAAACGUUACCUGGCUGUCCCAGCGACAAGCACACCGAGCGAGAGGAUUUUUUCACUGGCCGGAAAUACCAUCACGCGACAGCGGGCAAGCCUUCACCAAGCUCACGUCGAUGCGCUUGUGUUCUUGCACGCAAACCAGGACCGAAAAACAAAACCUGUGACUGAGCAGGACUGUGAUGAUGACUAGGCUUGCAGGCUCUUGCCUGUGUGUUGUUUUCCUCCCAAAUUGUUUUGUGCAUUACAGUAUUUUCUUUUGCACCUGUGGGAGA